CCCACCCUCGACCCGACCCGCCCCCUUUCCAUUUAAUAGAAAACAAAACCCUUCAACCCAUUCCAUAGAAAACGAAUUGGACGCCACCUUCUUCUCUGUCUUCUUCUUAGGGUUUUUUUGAAUUUCGAAUUGGACCCAUUUCAUUAGAAGAAAAAAAAAUUCGGCGCUGCUAUUUCGAAAACCCUAGAAAAUUUAAACCAAUUUCUGGUCAAAAUGUCCCUAUUUUCUGCGUGAAUAAGUUCGUUGGGUGAAGAUUUGGAUUGUACAAGUUCUGUUCCGCCUUUUAAAGUAAGAUUUUGCUGCUUAUUACUCAUUUAUUGUAAGUUAAGGUUUAAAAUUUUGUUUAUUUUGUGCGAGAUUUGAUGUACGUUGUCAUUUUUGCUGAGCUUCCAUGUGUUAUAUGCUUUUUUUUGCCAUGUGCUUUUCUUGAAGGAUGUUUGACAAGGUUGAUUUAGUAUUUAAUUAUGGAGGCAAGUGGGUACUGCGUCCUCAAGUUGUCUACAUAAAAAAACAGAACCAUGUGUGGGAGGGAUAUGAUCCAGAAUUGUUGUCUUACAUAGAUAUAUGUAAUGAAUACACUAAAAAAUUAUGUUUUAAAGUGGUAAAACAGCUGCUGGUCACAGGGCCCUCUGGGAGAUAUUUUUUGGUUGAGAGUGAUGCAGGCAUUAGAACACUUCAAUCUUCUCUAUCUAGUGAGUUUUGUGUGCUGCAAUUCUUUGCUGUAGAUGAAAGUGAAGAUAAUGUUUCAGCUCCCAACAUCAUUUAUCAUAAAGAAUCAUGCUUUGUAUCAGUAGAUGUAGGAACUGAUUGUGAGUCGGGUGAGGAAGAGGAUGAUGAUAAUGAACCAGUUCCUAGUGACUAUGACAGUGAAGAAUUGGAACUUUUUAAAAAGGAAAAGAAUAGGGAAGUGAAUGAGAAACUAGAAGGUUUUUAGUGUUGGAAAAGGGUAUGAGUUUUAAGGAUCUUGAUGAAGCUAAAAGAGUUGUGAGCUAUUACGCAAUUUCUAAUAAGAAAGGACUUAAAGUUGAUCAUAGUGACAGUCAUAGAGUUAGAUAUAAGUGUGAUAGUGGCUGUCCUUUUGUGUGUUUGAUUUCUGAAGAUAACAAAAAUCAGGGAUUUAAGAUUAAGACCUUGCAUUUAGAACAUAAUUGUCAGCCAACAUUUAAGAAUAGAAGAGCUACUCAACAAGCUUUAGCACAUUACUUCAAGAACAAAGUGCAGAAUAAUCCUAAGUACAAUGUGAAAGAUAUGAGGCGGGAUUUGGAUGAUCAAUUUUCACUUAAUAUUAGUGCUUCAAAGAUGAAAAGGGUUAAGAGGAUUAUUUUAGAGAAAUUGGAGGGUAGCUACCUUGAUGAUUUCAAUAGGUUGGAGGCUUAUGCUCAAGAAUUGAGGGAUAGCAAUCCUGGUACUGAUGUGGUGAGAAAUAUAUCUAAAGAGGCUCUUGAACAAGGUAAAAGAAGAUUUCUGAGAAUGUAUGUGUGCUUCCACGCUUUGAAAAGUGGUUGGAGAGGAGGUUUGAGGCCAUUUAUAGGGCUGGAUGGCACAUUUUUGAAAGGGAAGUAUAGGGGAAUUUUAUUGGUUGCCCUUGGUCAAGAUUCACAAAAGCACUUUUAUCCACUAGCUUGGGCAGUAGUGGAUAGAGAAACAUCCAAAACUUGGAAAUGGUUCAUUCAGUUGUGGUGUGGGCAGACCACAACAAAAAAAGAUGCCCUCAGCUUCAAAAAGGUGCACAAACAGUCCAAGAUGUGUCUUUGUCAGCACCCCAAGCCAGUCAAGAUUCUGAAAUCAGUUUCAUGCCUUUAAGAGCACUUGUUGAUGAAGAUGAUGAUGCUGAAAUUGAUGAUGAAGAUGAGCAGCCUAUUCUUAGGCCUAAGGUGAUAUCUGAAGCUAAAACUAGGUUUCAACGAAAAAAGAUGCAUCAACCACCAACUGGUUCAAGGAAAAUUGGCUUUAGGGGAGAUGAGAAUGGUGUGAGUAGGCCUAUUAAUCUGCCAUACUCACCAAGAAAGUUGGGUUGGAGAGGUGAACCAUAUGUGACGUCCAAAUCAGUUGGAAGUAGCAAAGGAGAAGAAAAUUGGGAAGUUGAAGGCAAAGAGGGGCAAGUAUUAAGGCAUAAGUGACUUGGUUCAAGUAGUUGUUUGUUUUUAAGUUUUUCAAUGUUAUGUAAUGGCACAAUUAAACGUCAUAUUUUGCUAUUUUUUAUUGUGAAUCAGUCUUAGAAGUGGCUGUAUUGAUUCACUUCAAAAGUUUUUGGGUGCUUAGUUUUUGUGGGUUUCCAUGUAUGUCAAUGUAGUAGUCUUGUUGAACAUUUUGCAAAAUAUAUGACAAUGCCAUUGCUAGUUUUUUGUGCAGUUUGGUGCUGGUUUGGUGAUA